CGCAUUUCCGCAUUCGCUCCUUAUCAGCACUUGAGAGCCCGACUCCGGUGUCACAAGCCAAACAUCGGCGUCAGCUGCCUGCCCUCAACAAGACUUGCCCUUCCCUCCAUUUUUGACAUUGCAGACGCUGUUAAAGGAACCGUUCAUUUUGUGAAUUGUCCUUGUCUUGGCCCGCGCCGUUCCCUCUCUUGCGGUCUCGCCUGUCAGUCUGCGCUGCACCGCUCCUCUUGUUGAUCCGUUGACCUGGGAGUCGUUGCAACCUCCAGAUAACAUAUCUUGGCCUAGAUUAAGACCGUCAACAGAAGGCAUGAGAUAGCGGUUCAAUAUAGGUUACAGCAACAACCAUGUCGAACCCCUCCCGAACUUCGCCCCCGCCAAUACAGCGGCAUCUGUCUUCCUCGCCCGGCUCCGUCCGCGGCCGCUCCUUUGAUCGCUCAGAGUCUACCGCGCGACUCGCCUCACCGGUCGCGCUCGGCACCUCGCCCGCCGCUCAGGCGCCCUUGCUUUCCGCCGACGAGCCGGGCUCGGGCUUUCUGACGCCUCUCCCAGGUCCCGGCUCGCACGUUGCCGGCCCGGGCGUCUCGGCCCUCGCGGCCGCCUUGUCCAAUUCGCUUGGAGCCUCCCCGCCGCGGUUCGGUACGCCGCCUGUUCGAACAUCUUCUCCCACGCCGGCAUCUCUAAACGCCCCGGGCACCGGGACGCCGACAAACUAUGGCUCGUUCGAUGGGAGGAGACAAUGGCCAGGUGGCGCGUACGAGGAUCCGGAGAUCAUCAGGAGGCACCUGGUUCAGCCCGGCGACGGUGUCUCGGACGACGGGUUGAGGCAAACCACCAACGGGGCGAAGGGUAAGCAACCCGCGGGAACGGUGCGAUCCGUCGUGGACGACGAGUUCUCGAGUCUCAAACUGCAAGGCGGCGACAUCACGCGGCCGAUAUACAAGUGGACAGAAGAGGUGGAUCAGCGGAGUAGGGUGCAGCGCAGCAAGAGCUUCAGCGUUCCGAGGCCGGAACCUGAGAAUGAAAUACUCGACAUCCAAAACAUCAAGGUGCCCGGCGGCUUCAGACGCAACUUCAUCCGGCGCGCGGCCAGGGGUGUCGACGAGCUCGAGCACGGCUCCGGCUCGGGCAAGCAUCCGACGCCACCGCGGCUGCUCACCAGCAGCUUCCUCGAGUUUUUGACUCUGUACGGCCACUUUGCGGGCGAGGAGCUGGAGGAAGACGACGAGGUGUUGAAGCCGGGCGAGUGCUUCACUUCUGGCAGCGAGGCCGAUUUCUACGAGGAGGGCUCCGAGGAGGAGCCCAUGGAAGAGAGCGCGCUGCUGACCCCGUCUCACCGUAAGAGGCGGAGGAAAGAGCGCGGAGGGAGCGGCCAGAACAGCCCAACGUCGGCGGCCCUGCUCCUUCUCAAAUCCUUCGUCGGGACCGGCGUCCUGUUCCUCCCGCGCGCCUACCUCAACGGCGGCAUGCUGUUCAGCAACCUGGUGCUGCUGUUUGUGGCGGCUCUGAGCUACUACUGCUUCGUCCUCCUUGUCACCACGAGGUUGAAGGUUGAGGGGUCAUUCGGUGACAUUGGCGGCAUCCUGUACGGCAAGUGGAUGAGGACGCUCAUCUUGACCUCCAUCGUCAUCAGCCAGCUGGGGUUUGUUGCGGCCUAUAUCGUGUUUACGUCGGAGAACCUGCAAGCCUUCAUUCUCGCCGUCACCGACUGCCGGACCCUGAUCCCCAUCACUUGGCUCAUCAUCAUGCAGAUGGUGAUAUUUCUGCCCUUCUCCCUCCUCCGCGACAUCGGCAAGCUGGGCUUCACGGCGCUGGUUGCCGACGCGUUCAUCGUCAUCGGCCUGGCCUACCUCUUCUACUACGACGUCCUCACGCUCAACACGGAGGGCCUGGCAGACAUCAUCAUGUUCAACCAGAAGGACUGGACCCUGUUCAUCGGCACGGCCAUCUUCACGUUCGAAGGCAUCGGCCUGAUCAUCCCGAUUCAGGAGUCGAUGCGGCAGCCCCAGAAGUUCCCCAAGGUCAUGUUCGCGGUCAUGGUCAUCAUCACGACGCUCUUCACCGUCAUGGGCGCCGUCUCGUACGCGGCCUACGGCUCCAAGACGGAGACGGUCGUGCUGCUCAACCUGCCGCAGGACGACAAGCUCGUCAACGGCGUCCAGUUCCUCUACUCGCUGGCCAUCCUGCUCUCGACGCCGCUGCAGAUCUUCCCGGCCAUCCGCAUCACCGAGAACGCGCUGUUCACCAAGAGCGGCAAGUACAACCCGUACAUCAAGUGGCAGAAGAACGUGUACCGCUUCUUCGUCGUGGCGCUCUGCGCGCUGAUCGCCUGGGGCGGCGCCGAUAACCUGGAUAAGUUCGUGGCGCUGGUCGGCAACUUUGCGUGCAUCCCGCUCGUGUAUAUCUAUCCGCCGAUGCUGCAUUUCAAGGCCGUGGCGAAGUCUGCCCUACAGAGGUGGUCCGAUAUUCUGCUCUGCAUCUUUGGCUUCGCCGCAAUGGCUUACACCACAAGCCUGACGGUGAUGAGCUGGGCUAACGAUUCCGGUGGUGGCGGAUUGCCCAGCCACUGCAAAACUAAGGGGCUGUAGAUGGGGGUUAAUGCUGAGAACUGAGUUGGAUAGUGCUGCGCAUGCAUGGUUUAUUUUCGUUCCUUUUUUUGGGACAAGGCUUCGCUCAGCAUCGCAUGGCAUGUUUGGGCGUUCAGGGGGGGUGCGUCGGAAGUCAACUGACGCUAGGGGGUGCAUUCAGGGUAGACGGCUAGAUUAAGGUAGUCAUUUCGAGUUACAGGCGCUGCAAGUGAGGCCUUGGUCCCGCUAGAGAAGAUGGACAGGCUGUCGAGCGUAGAGGAGAAACGAUUGAUAGAUCAUCUCAAGUCACGGCUC